CGCGACCUUCCUGUAAUUCACAGAAUAAUCACAAGACAGCGAGCUUCAAACCAAAGAGUAGAAAUCAUGCCCGACGCACACUUGCUCGUCCUCAUCCACGGCAUGUGGGGUAAUCCUGAACAUUUGGCCGAGCUUCGCCGGAUCAUGGACGAGACGAAAGUUCAGCAAUCCAAAGCAGACGGCUCCACACAGCUUGAAAUCCUUGUUGCGGAAACUAAUCGCGAUGAGAGCACAUAUGAUGGUAUCGAUUGGGGUGGAGAGCGGGUCGCGGAGGAGAUUUACGAAGCUGUGGAGAACAUAGAAAAAGACGGGCGAAAGGUUACUCGUUUCUCCGUAACGGGAUACAGCUUAGGAGGAUUGCUCGCGCGUUAUGUCAUCGGGAUUCUACACCAUCGUAAGUUCUUCGAGAAGGUCACCCCUGUCAACUUCAACACCAUUGCUACACCACAUAUUGGCCUUCCCAGAUACCCAUCCUUUCUCUCUCGCCUGACGCAAUUUUUCGGUCCCCGACUACUUUCACGGACUGGCGAGCAGUUCUACGCCGUUGAUAAAUGGUCACUGCACGGCCGGCCACUGCUCGAGGUUAUGGCCGAUCCGCAGAGAAUAUUUUACCAAGCGCUGGAGCUAUUCGCUCAUAAGAGGAUCUACGCAAAUGCCGUGAAUGACGUGACUGUUCCCUACGUCACGGCUGCUAUCGAAGCGGAAGACCCCUUCUACCACCACGAGACAAACGGCAUCCAUAUUGAACUCGACGAACAGUACAAGCCGAUAAUGAAGAAUUGGCGUUUACCCGAUGUGGCUCCAGUAAAAGCACCCGGACCAGCUCCGCUAUCCGCCGAUUGGUUUAGAUCAUUGAAGCCGCGUCCCUUCUUACCGCCGCCUCUUCAGUUCGCCUUUCCCUAUAACGUGAUCCUCUACCUUACCCUACCCAUACUGAUACCAACCUUCUUGACGCUGGUCGUUAUCCGCUUGUCGCGCGAGUCCCACCGCUCAUCCAAGCGUAUAAAACUACUGGAACGGUCUGUCCAGGGCUCGGAUACCGCAGCUCAGCGACUGGUGCACAUCAUUCGCGAUAUGGAGCGACAAAUGGAGGAUGCCGUAGCAGACAUAAUUGAUGAGGAUCCAGGACGGACUGGAGACUCUACGCCCACCCUGGCCUCUCGUGCGUCCAGUCCGCGUCCCGCUUCUCAGGAAAACGGCGAAGUGGAGCCACACCAAGACAAGAACAAACUGUGCAAGCCUAAGAAGAGCAAGAAGGGGAAAUCGCGCGCCGAGCAGGAAAAGCCCACCUUGACGCCUCUCCAGCUCAAGCUCAUUGAAAACCUCAAUGGACUGCCUGGCCUGCAGAAGGAGCGGGCCUGGAUAGACCCCGUACGCAAUUCGCAUGCGAUAAUCGUUUGCAGAGACGUGAAGCGUUUUGCGGGGCAUAAGGAGGGAGAAGGCGUGCUCCGCCACUGGGCCGAUCAUUUUAUCUUGUGAUGAUCCUUGUCGCCUAUUCGUUGGUUCCGAUCAUAAUUGUAGAUCGUCAUACGAGAUUAUCACCUGGUCAUGCAUACAUAUACACGGACUAAUAGGAUGUACACUA